AGGAAGCACACGAGCUCGUCUCGGAUCGUCAUCCACGGCCUCUGCCUCGAAAGUGGUUUUGACCCUAGAGUUUUAGUGGUCAGACUACUUUCGAGAAGGUUUGAGUUAAAGUUUUGAGAGUUGUCUAUCAAAGCCGACGAGAAAAGUUAUAAGAUUCGACAGCCUAUCAUCAAAUGGCUUCAUCAUCUCAAUGGGAGACGUUUCUUUCCUUCAUCCUUUUCUUCGUAGUCGCAGCAGUCGUUGCUGAGGCGCAACUGUCAACUCAAUUCUAUGACUCCACCUGUCCACAAGCCGCAUCUAUAGUGCAAGCAAAGGUUGAUGCGUUCGUUGAGGCUGAUCGAGGAUUGGCAGCCGCUCUGAUGCGUCUCCACUUUCAUGACUGCUUCGUGCGAGGCUGUGAUGGAUCCGUGCUUCUCAACUCAACAGAUCCUAAUAGUCUGACUGAAAAGUCUGCGCUGUUAAACAACAAUUCUCUCAGAGGAUUCGAACAAAUCGAUGAGAUCAAAUGGGAGCUGGAAUGUGCAUGCCCAGGUGUUGUAUCAUGUGCAGAUAUUUUAGCUCUGGUGGCCCGUGAUGCGACCGUGAAGCUUGGUGGCUGGAGCUGGCCAGUAUUUCUGGGACGCAUUGAUGGUGCAGGAUCAUUUGCGGAUGAGGUCAAUGGCAGCUUGCCUGAACGGAGGGAUAACUUUACUAAACUUGUCGAAACCUUUGCAAAAGUUGGACUUGAUGCUAAGGAUAUGAUCAUCCUCUCAGGUGGACACUCUAUUGGACAAGUCCACUGUGGCGCAUUCUUCGAGCGUCUGUACAAUUUCCAAGGUCUUAACAUUACAGAUCCAUCAAUGGACCCUGAAUUUGCUGCCAUGCUCAAGGCUCAGUGCCCUCAGACCAGGCCUUUCGACUUCAUGGCAUUGGAUGCCACCAACGGCACCUUCGAUUCUACUUACUACUUGGAUCUUUUGACCAACAAAGGUCUACUUGAGUCGGACGUGGCACUUUUGAGCGAUCCUUUGGGUGUGGAGUAUGCCAUCAAAGCUGUGCAAGAUCCAAACACCUUUCUGUUUGAGUUCGGAAUGGCAAUGAUCAAAAUGGGCAACAUUCCAGCUAGCGAUCCUUACGGCUGGAGAAAGCAUUGCGCCUUCACCGAGCCCAAGUUGUAGGCCAGGCGGAGUUGACGACUAUGUGCAAUAACCAUGCUUGGUCAUGCAUUCUGCUUCUGAAGGCAGAUGGUCAGAAAAAACACAUUUUUGAAUCUAUAUUUAAAGCCCAAAUUCAUUCUAGAUUCGAUGAAUUUAUGCUCUAUCCGAUCGCUGUAGAGCUCUCGGGUCGAGUAUUAGCUUUAGAUGGCAGGUCAAGCUGAAUGUAGUCACAGAUUGCAUGGGCUGCACAUUGGUUUAUAGUGUACAGCAAUGUUUAGGAAAAUUGAUUGAUAAAUAAUGUCAUCUAUGACUAUAAAAGCAAUUUUA